AAAGUUUGAGUCAAAUAUAGUUGGUACAUUUAACGGGCAAUGAAGUGCAAGGGAUAAGCGAGUUAAUAAAUAUAAUACAGCACCAAGUACUUAAUAUUUGGUGUUUCUAGCUAACCUGUAUAUUUUAUAAUUAAAUCAGCGCUGCCGUAGCGACAUAAAGCAUAAUGGCUGCAGUCCAACAGUUGUGAAAAUACAGUGUUUCCUGAUGAGAAAAACGAAAUGAUAAUGGGGACAAUAUAAUUCAUACACACACACACUCACACACAAACACACACACACAUAGAAACAGACACACACAAUAAUGGCUCGGUCAUAUAGAUGUGAUAAGACUAUUACUUUCACAAGCAGAAGAUAGAUCUUUCAAGACCAUGAUCAGUAUAUACUUAUCUAUGAUCAGUAUUAUAUCUACUAUAUUUUAGGGUAGGGUAGGUAUACCAAUUUUGUAAUAACCAUAAUAUAACAAUUGAUAAUUAAUAAUUGUUAUUUCAUGGUAAUAACUAGUAAGUUGAAGUUAUAUUAAGCUAAAAUAUAAUUGCCGUUAUAUUAUUGUAAUUGUAUUAAUGUAUUAACUAAUAUUUGUUUUCAGUUUUAACCUUUUCAACAUUAUUCAGAUUCUAUGUUUUUUGACCCCGUGCUUUGAAAAUUGCAGUACUGUAGAAAGAGGAUCAUCAAUAUAAUUUGUGAUCAAAAUAUUUUCAGUUUAAAAUGUCACAGAACUUGAUUGUUGAGGACGCUUAUAUGAUGAUACAACGAAAAAAGAAAACCAUAUAUAUAAAUACUAAGAAGUGCUCACCGGUUAAUGAAUUGAAAAAGAUGGUUGGAUGUAUAAUAAAAACAUCACCAGAAAAUCUUCAACUUUAUUACAAGAAUGUGAUUAUGGAUGGGAAAAAAAUGUUGUCAGAUUAUUUUGAUUCUUCCUUAUGCAUAGAUCCAGUUUCUAUUGGUUUAGCAUUGAAGAUGGACAAUGGAGAAUUUGAGCCGUUAGAUAUCGUUCCAUUUCCAGUACAGUUAUGAUAAACUAAGAAACUAUCAGAAAGAAAAAACCAUGUAAACAGCAAUCUCUAUAGAAAAUUGGUUACAGUAUUUUUAUAAAUUACAUAAACUUAUUUUAUAUUUUAU